CAUCCGUAAAGUACUACAUGACCCAUCAUGCCCCUCUGGUAUUUCCUCACGGUUAGUCAGUCAGGUCUCGCCAGUGUUUUCCUUCUUCAUGCUCGCAGAAUAACAAGCAGCACACGUGUUGCAUCACUGGUCCGUGGACGUUAAGUCAACAGCAUGUUAACCGAGGUGCUGGUUGCUCUGCUGGUUGGAGGGCUGCUCUACUUCCUGGUCCAGAGGAGCAGGACCCAGGUGCUGAGGACAGAGGAUGGCUGGUGGGGGGCUGGUGCCCCUCCUGAUGGAGGGGAGGACGUCACCAUUCGUCCCUUUACAGUCAGCACCAGUGCUGAGGAGCUGGAGGACCUCUACAGGAGGAUAGACCAGACUCGGCCUGUCCCCUCUCUGGAGGACAGCCACUUUACCUACGGCUUCAACUCCCAGUACCUGCAGACGGUGCUGUCUUACUGGAGAAAUGACUUUGACUGGAGGAGACAGGUGGACAGACUCAACCAGUACCCUCACUUCAAAACCAACAUCGAAGGUAUUGAUAUCCACUACCUGCAUGUCAAGCCCAAGACGGUGCCAGAGGGAUCCAGUGCUCUUCCUCUGAUCAUGGUGCACGGCUGGCCCGGCUCCUUCUAUGAGUUCUAUGGGUUGAUCCCUCUACUGACAGAACCAUCAGACCCCAGCCACCUUGUGUUUGAGGUGGUGUGCCCCUCCAUACCAGGCUACGGUUUUUCAGAAGCACCACAUAAGAAAGGCUUCGAUUCCGUACGUGCCGCACACAUCUUCCACAAGCUGAUGAAGCGUCUGGGCUUCCAGCAGUUCUACGCUCAUGGAGGAGACUGGGGCUGGCUGGUCACUACCAACAUGGCCCAGCUGGAGCCCAGGAGUAUCAGAGGCUUGCAUGUGAACUUUGCCCCGCCCUCCAAUCCGGGGCUGCUCAUGACCCUGUCCCUCAUGCUGGGCCGUUACUUCCCCAAGCUGUUUGGCUUCACUGACACGGACAUUGAGCGUCUCUUCCCCUGCAUGGAGAAACUGGUGAAUAUAUCCAUCAAAGAGUCUGGCUACAUGCACAUCCAGGCCACCAAGCCUGACACCGUGGGCCGAGGACUGAAUGACUCCCCAGUGGGUCUGGCUGCCUACAUCUUGGAGAAGUUCUCCACAUGGACGAACAGCGACUUCAGGGACCUGGAGGACGGAGGACUCACCAGGAAGUUCUCCCUGGAUGACCUGCUGACUAACGUGAUGAUCUACUGGACGUCUGGCUGCAUCAUCUCCUCCAUGAGGUUCUACAAGGAGAACCUUGGCAAAGGCCUGAACGCGCCUCACUCUAAGAUCCCUGUGGACGUCCCCACUGGCUUCGCCUGCUUCCCCAACGAGCUGACGCACACUCCCAAACUGUGGCUCAAACAGAAAUACCGCAACCUGGUGACCUUCACACCCAUGGCCCGCGGCGGCCAUUUUGCCGCCAUGGAGGAGCCCCAGCUGAUGGCCGAGGACAUCCAGAACUUCACCAAGAUAGUGGAGAAGCAGCGGGCUGUGUAGUGAUCCAAUAAUAUGACAGCUUAGCAAGAUUAGAAACCUAUUCUCACUGACCAAUGACACACCUGCCAUGCUGUCUUAAUACCCAUAAGGCAGUUGGUGAGUCAAAGCUUCAAAACAAAAGCACUCAUU